AUGGCCUACACGAUAGGCAGCACGCCCGACGACAACUCGCCCAGCGAAACCGACCCUCUGCUCAGCGCGCAAAACAACCAUACCGGCACAGUCGUGCGUGUGGGAAACGCCCAACCUGACGACACCACUGCAGAAGACAAUGAUAACGACGGCGACGACGACGCCGCCAACAAUGAUCACGCACACCCGCCCUCGACGAACAAACUCGUCGCCAUCAUGGCGUCGACGUGGAUCGGCGUCUUCUUCGCCGCGCUGGACACGACCAUCGUGGCGACGCUGACGGCGCCCAUCUCCAGCUCCUUCGACUCGCUGUCUCUCCUCUCCUGGCUGGCGACAGGCUACCUGAUCGCCAACGCGGCGUGCCAGCCGCUGAGCGGCAAGCUGACCGACAUCUUCUCGCGCCGGUGGGGUCUGCUGUUCAGCAACGUCUUCUUCGGCGCCGGCACGCUGGUGUGCGGCCUGGCGCCCAACGCGGGCACCAUCAUCGCCGGGCGCGUCAUCGCCGGAAUCGGUGGCGGCGGCCUCACCUGCAUCACCACCUACAUCACGUCGGAUCUGAUCCCCCUGCGCAGACGCGGUCUGUGGCAGGGGUACGGCAACCUGGUGUACGGGCUGGGCAUGGGCCUGGGGGGUCCAGUCGGGGGUGUGCUCUCGGACCGACUUUCGUGGCGCUGGGCCUUUCUACUCCAGGUGCCGUUUAUCGUCGUGAGCACGGUGUUGGUGUUUUUCCUGGUGGACAUCAAUGUUCAGGAGCAUGGCCAGGCACAUCGACAAGAUGGAGCUGUCUUCAAUGGCAACGGGAACGGCAGUGCCACUGCCAAUGCAAAGCCGGCGCUCGCGCGGAUCGACUUCCUCGGCAGCGGCUUUCUGGUCGCCAGCCUGGUCCUGCUCCUCCUGGGCCUCAACACGGGCGGGAACCAACUCCCCUGGACGCACCCGCUCGUGAUCGCCUCGCUGGCCCUCUCGGCCGUGACGCUGGGCGUGUUCAUCCAUGUGGAAUCGCACCUCCCCGGUUGGGUACCCGAGCCGAUCCUGCCCGUGGCGCUGAUCGGACGCACGCGCACCGUGCUCGCCGCCUGCCUGGCCAACUGGUUCGGCACCAUGUCGGCGUUCCUGGCCAUCUACUACGUGCCGCUGUACCUGCAGAUCCGGGGCCUGUCGGCCACGUCGGCGGGACUGCGCGUCGUGCCCCUCGCGGCCGCCACCUCGGCCGGCAGUCUGCUCAGCGGGCUCGCCAUGCGCGCCACGGGCCGCUACUACCUGCAGAUGGUGGGCGUCAUGGUCGUCUUCGUCGUGGGCGCGGCGCUGAUCUGCACCUUUGGCCUCGCCACCCCGGCCUGGAUGACCUUUGUCUUCCCCGUUCCCCUGGGCUUCGCGUACGGCGGCAUGCUGACCGUCACGCUCGUCGGCAUGAUUUCCAGCGUCGCCCACGAGCACCAGGCCGUCAUCACCGCCGCGUCGUACGCCUUUCGCUCCACGGGCUCCACCAUCGGCAUCACCGUCGCCGGCGCCGUCUUUCAGAACAUCCUGACCAAGGAGCUGCGCGCCGAGUACGGCGGCCUGGAGGGCAGUGAGCGCGUCAUCCGCCGCCUCAAGGACAGUCUGGAGGGCAUCAAGCAUCUUCCCGACGGCUGGGACAAGGGUGUCGUCAUGGCCAUCUACAUGCAUGCUCUGAGGGGUGCCUUCAUCUCGGGCCUGGGUCUGGCUGUCUUGGCCGCCGUCGCGGGUCUGGGCAUGAAGGAGCAUGUCUUGCACAAGACUCUGGCCAGGAAGUAA